CGUCUUUGACUUUUGUCUGUUCCGUUCUGGGUGUACUUUUCUGCUGAUUAUUUUAUAAAAUCGCCGAAAUAUGGCGAAAAGAAUCGCGCAGAGCAACAUUUCCUGGGCCGCUUUAGCCGAGAGGGUCCCGACGGAGCAGAGGACCAACCUUGCCGCCUUCAAAAUCAAGUCCGAUGGUUACCUUCGAAGGGUGCUAGCGAAUCCCCCGGAACCUCCGAAGAUCAACUGGGCUCUGUAUAAGCAGACAGUGCCUAUCCCCGGAAUGGUGGACAACUUCCAGAAGCAGUAUGAGGCUCUGAAGAUCCCUUACCCCGCGGACACGCUCACCGCGAAGGUGGACGCGCAAUGGGCUGAGGUUAAGAAGGCCGUGGACGCCUUCGUUGCGGCAUCCAACGCUAACAUUGCGAACUACCAGAAGGAAAUCAAUGAGACCAAGGCUCUCCUGCCCUACGACCAGAUGACCAUGGAGGACUACAAAGAUGCCUAUCCCCAGGACGCCAUCGACCCCAUCAACAAGCCCACCUUCUGGCCCCACAACCCCGAGGAACAGCUCGACUAUGUGGACCCCAACAAACCCGUUGGCGGACACCAUUAAACCAAUCAAUAUUAACGGAGCUCUCUCGUUCAUAGAAUCAGUAUGGAUGAUAGAGUUCUGUUCAGGGCGGCAUUUUGGCGUCAAUUUGAUGGUUAACUGAUGCUAAAAUGAGAUAGUCAACAUCUGUAUAAUUUAUGUAGGAAUAAAUGAUUAUGAUCAACUUUC